AUGGAUGAGCUGACGAAUGGACAGGCGGAGGAGCUGGCGAAGGCUCUAUCUCAGAUGAAGUUCAUUUUGCAAGGGACACAGGAAAUUGAAAGCACCCCCGAGCAAGUCCACCAGCUUGUAACCGGAAUGAUUCAGGAAGAUCUACUUUACCUCCUUGCCGUAAAUCUAUACCGUCUCCCUUUCGAAUCGAGAAAAGAUGCACAGGUUAUAUUCUCUUACGUCCUACGGUUCCGUCCCGCGACAGCAUCGCCGAAGAGCGAACCGAUGGCGCUUAGUUAUGUUAUAAAUAAUAGACCGGAGGUAUUGGUUGAGCUAUGUAACGGUUACGAGCAUAAGGAAAGUGCUACACCUGCUGGGACAGUUCUCCGAGAGGUUUUGAAGAGUGAUGCUGCAGCAGCCAUCAUUUUGUACAAUGAUGUUAAGGAAGGAGAUGUUAGCACAAAAGGGUUGACUGCUAUACAACCAGAAAUCAAGCAGAGUGGAGAGGGAGUGUUUUGGAAAUUCUUUAAUUGGAUUGACCAAGGAUCGUUCGAGGUUGGAGCAGAUGCUUUCACAACUUUUAGGGUAGGCAAUGCGGCCAUGUUGGAAUUAAUAAAGCUAAUGCAGGCACAGGAACUUUUAACCAAGCACAAACAAAUUGUAGCACAGUAUUUGGCUACCAAUUUCGACCUGUUUUUCGAUAAGUACAACAAUAUUUUAGUCCAAUCAGCAAGUUAUGUUACCAAAAGACAGUCAAUAAAACUUUUGGGUGAGAUUCUUUUGGAUCGAGCCAACUAUACAGUUAUGACAGCAUAUGUUGAUCGAGGAGAGCAUUUAAAGAUAUGCAUGAAUCUUCUUCGGGAUGAGAGAAAGAUGGUACAGUAUGAAGGAUUUCAUGUUUUUAAAGUCUUUGUGGCGAAUCCACAUAAAUCCAUGGCUGUACAGAGAAUACUGCUCAAUAAUCGAGAAAGAUUGUUGAAUUUCUUGAAACAUUUCUUAGAAGAUCGUACAGAGGAUGAACAAUUCAUUGAUGAGAGGGAGUUCUUGAUCAAACAGAUAGAGAGAAUGCCACCACAACCUGUUGAGCCGGCACAAAAGCCUGCACUAUUAAUGGGACGUUAA